UAGUAAUAAUAAGCAUACAAAAAUUUUUCUUUAUUAACACGGUGUUAGAAAAAAUUCUGUAAAAAUUAGUUCAAAAGCUAAAACCAACAAAAUGCCGGGCGGAAGAAGAGGUCUAGUUGCUCCACAAAAUACAUUCCUGGAGAAUAUUAUAAGGAGAUCCAACUCACAACCUGACAGUUCAUUCCUUCUAGCCAAUGCCCAAAUUGUCGACUUUCCCAUUGUGUAUUGCAAUGAAUCCUUUUGCAAGAUUAGUGGCUAUAAUCGGGCCGAGGUUAUGCAAAAAUCUUGCAGAUGUGGUUUCAUGUAUGGUGAGCUGACGGAUAAAGAGACGGUGGCCCGCUUGGAAUACACCUUGGAAAACCAACAACAGGACCAAUUUGAAAUUUUAUUAUAUAAAAAGAACAAAACUCCAUUAUGGCUUUUGCUGCAGGUGGCUCCCAUACGCAACGAAAGGGAUUUGGUUGUCUUAUUCCUGUUAACAUUUCGAGAUAUAACCGCCUUAAAACAACCCAUCGACAGCGAAGAUACCAAGGGUGUUUUAGGUCUAUCAAAAUUUGCCAAAUUGGCCCGUUCGGUAACGAGAAGUCGUCAAUUCAGCGCACAUUUGCCCACGCUAAAGGAUCCAACGAAACAAUCAAAUUUGGCGCAUAUGAUGUCCCUGAGUGCGGAUAUAAUGCCGCAAUAUCGCCAGGAAGCACCCAAAACACCACCUCAUAUACUGUUGCAUUAUUGUGCAUUUAAAGCGAUUUGGGAUUGGGUCAUAUUAUGUUUAACAUUUUAUACAGCAAUUAUGGUGCCAUAUAAUGUAGCUUUUAAAAAUAAAACCUCAGAAGACGUUUCAUUACUUGUUGUUGAUUCAAUUGUAGAUGUUAUAUUCUUUAUUGAUAUUGUUUUAAAUUUCCACACCACUUUCGUGGGCCCCGGCGGCGAAGUAGUUAGCGAUCCGAAAGUGAUACGUAUGAAUUAUUUAAAGUCAUGGUUCAUCAUCGAUUUGCUCAGUUGCCUGCCAUACGAUGUCUUCAAUGCCUUCGAUCGCGACGAGGAUGGCAUCGGUUCCCUGUUCAGUGCUUUAAAAGUUGUGCGUCUGUUGCGUUUGGGCCGGGUGGUACGCAAACUAGAUCGUUAUUUGGAAUAUGGUGCCGCCAUGCUGAUACUAUUGUUGUGUUUCUAUAUGUUGGUGGCCCAUUGGUUGGCCUGCAUAUGGUAUUCCAUAGGACGGACUGAUGCGGAUAAUGGGAUCCAAUAUAGCUGGCUUUGGAAGUUGGCGAAUGUUACACAGUCCCCCUAUUCCUAUAUUUAUAAUAAUGAUUCCACAGAACUGAUAAAUGGUCCUUCACGCAAGAGUAUGUAUGUGACAGCUUUGUAUUUUACCAUGACUUGCAUGACCUCGGUGGGGUUUGGAAAUGUCGCCGCGGAGACGGACAACGAGAAGGUGUUCACCAUCUGCAUGAUGAUAAUUGCAGCUCUGCUUUAUGCCACUAUAUUUGGUCAUGUCACCACCAUCAUACAACAGAUGACCUCGGCCACGGCUAAAUAUCAUGAUAUGCUCAAUAAUGUACGUGAAUUUAUGAAAUUGCACGAGGUGCCGAAGGCCUUAAGUGAACGUGUUAUGGAUUAUGUGGUAUCCACGUGGGCCAUGACCAAAGGCUUAGAUACGGAAAAGGUACUAAACUAUUGUCCGAAAGAUAUGAAGGCUGAUAUAUGUGUUCAUCUAAAUCGCAAAGUAUUUAACGAGCAUCCAGCAUUUCGUCUUGCCUCGGAUGGUUGUCUAAGAGCGCUGGCCAUGCACUUUAUGAUGUCGCAUUCGGCACCGGGGGAUCUACUCUAUCAUACGGGCGAAAGUAUAGACAGUUUGUGUUUCAUAGUGACGGGAUCGCUGGAGGUCAUACAGGAUGAUGAAGUUGUGGCGAUAUUGGGCAAGGGAGACGUCUUUGGUGACCAAUUCUGGAAGGAUUCAGCCGUUGGCCAGAGUGCGGCCAAUGUGCGUGCCCUUACCUAUUGUGAUUUGCAUGCCAUCAAACGUGAUAAAUUACUCGAAGUCCUCGACUUUUAUUCGGCAUUUGCUAACAGUUUUGCCCGCAAUCUAGUGCUCACUUACAAUCUCAGGCAUCGUUUGAUUUUUCGCAAGGUGGCUGAUGUGAAACGCGAAAAAGAAUUGGCCGAAAGGCGUAAAAACGAGCCACAAUUGCCUCAAAAUCAAGAUCAUCUGGUGCGCAAAAUCUUUUCCAAAUUCCGGCGCACUCCUCAAGUGACCACCGGCUCCAAAGAGGCCGUCUCCGGUCAAAGCGAUGUUGAAAAGGGCGGCGGAGGCAGCACAACUGGUGGAGGUGGUUCCGAUACCAUUGAUGCGGAUCGUAAUAAGAAGUUACCUGCCAAAUUAACAUUAACCGAGGAUUCCCGUAUUUUAACCACCGCUGCCGCACCCACCCCAUCACCCUCUCCAUCACCUUCAUCCGGUCCACCAUCUGCACGUAGUACACGUGCUAGCAAAUGGGGACGCCUUUUGGGUAGUUCAAGUGUCGAUUCAGCUAGCGAUACUAGCGCCAAGGUAGCCGUUUCGAGAAGUUUGAGUGCCCGCGAAAGUCUGCGUGAAAGCACUGCCGCCCAAGCGAGGCAGAGUAGUACUUCGAGUAGUAAUGGUGGACAAGGCAAUAAAGUUUUUCCAAAAGCUCCCAAACUGCAGGCCAGCCAGGCCACCUUGGCUCGCCAAGACACCAUAGACGAAGGCGGCGAAGUGGACUCCUCACCGCCCAGCCGUGACAGUCGUGUGGUAAUCGAAGGCAGCAGUGGCCCAGCCACUGUACUCACCGCUCUCUCCACCAAAGAGCGCAAUUUGGCCCUGGAAAGAGAAAGACAAAUCGAAAUGGCUUCAUCGCGUGCCACCACCUCAGACACCUACGACACAGGCCUAAGAGAGCAGCCACCCACAUUAGCACAGCGAGAUCUCAUAGCCACGGUGCUGGACCUGAAGGUGGAUGUACGCCUGGAAUUGCAGCGCAUGCAGCAGCGCAUAGGGCGCAUCGAGGAUUUGCUGAGCGAGGUGGUGAAACGCUUGCAGCAGGACUCCUCGGGCCAGACCACACCGGCUGAUGAUACGAUGUGUGUUUGUGGCACGACAACGGUGACAACGGCGGCCAGUGGCAGCAGCUCAGGGGGCUUAGUUGGUAGACGCCCAGAAGGUGGGGCAACACAAUCCACCGCUACCACACCAGCCGCCGAUACUGUUAUAACAAUAUCCACAGCUCCACCCACACCACCCAUCGGUGGAGUUGGUGGUGCUGGUGUGGGUGCAACCGGUGCAUCCGCUGCUCCAACGUCUACAGGUGCAGCUGCGACAGUAGCGGUCGGCCCAACCGCCACUACUGCAGCAGCAACUAGCUCAUCCAACCUGCUGAAUCCCGUGCAAAUGGUCACGUCGUCCACGGGUGGCAAUGGUCUAGGUCCUCUAAUGCUUAAAAAGCGGCGUUCGAAGAGCAGAAAAGCACCGGCGCCUCCCAAGCAGACCCAUGCUCAAGCCGCUGCUACUAGUGCCGCUCUGCAAAGUCCCGAGCAGCAGCGUCUGCUGGAAGAAGAACUACCCUCACCGGCCACCACACAGCCGCCCCCAGUAACGGCGGCCAUAGCCACGACAGUCGGCGGCUCAGCCACAGGCUCAACGGCUUUACUAACCACCUCAACGGCCACGCCAGCGGUUAGCUCAACAACGGGUGCUGCCAGUGGCAGCAGCAGUGGCGGCGGCGGAGGACGCUCUAAGCGAGAGUUUCUCUAG